CUGCCUCUUUUUUUUUAUUUCAUAUCAAAAAAAAAGGCUUUUGUCUAUACAACCUCCUGAUCACAGAAAUACUAUCGACAUUAUGAUUUCGGCGAUUCAAUGGAUCCGUAAGGGUGUGGCUGCACGACAUCCCGAGAAAUACAAUCUCGACGAUAAAGAGUACGAGCGUAUCAGUCAACUGGCCGCCGAACAGUUGGAGGAUGCCAAGGAAGACUUAAAGGAAGCCGAAGCCAUGGCCGUCGAUAAGGAAGAACAAGCACCAAAAACCGCUGCCUCUGGUGACGAGUUGGCCGAAUACAACUUGGAUGCCUAUGACGACGAAAUUGCCGCUGAUAAGAAUAAAAAGGUUGGCAUUUUCUCCAAUAUCAAGGAUUUGGCGUACUAUGACAACGAUGAACAGGAUCCGUACAUUACCUUGACGAACAACAACGAGGACGAUGAGGAGAAGCAGGAAUUGGAAGUGUUGCCGACGGAUAAUAUGCUGUUGGCGGCCAAAACCGAGGAUGAUAUAUCGCAUUUGGAAAUCCAUAUUUUUGAAGGAUCCGAAGAUAACCUUUACGUGCAUCACGAUAUCAUGUUACCCGCGUUCCCCUUGUGUUUGGAAUGGUUGGAUUUCCAUACAGGCACUAAAAAGGGCCAAGAAUCGAGCGGAAACUACAUUGCCAUUGGUACUUUUGAACCGGAUAUCGAGAUUUGGAAUUUGGACAUGAUCGAUGUGAUGUAUCCCGAAACGAUUCUCGGUCACACCGACAAGGGCAAGAAAAGAUCAAAGAAGGUGAAUGCUCAGUACCACGUCGACGCGAUCAUGGAUCUUUCUUGGAAUAAGCAUCAUCGCAACUUUUUGCUGUCGUCUUCGGCUGACGGGACAGUGAAGCUCUGGGAUUUAUCCAUCUCCAAAUGCAUGCAGUCCUAUACCCAUCACACCGACAAGGUGCAGUCGGUGGCUUGGCAUCCUACGGAGCCUACUGUCUUCAUGUCCGGUUCUUACGAUCAAACCGUGUGCGUUUUGGACGCCCGUUCCCCUGACCAUGUGAAGCGAUGGAAGUUGAACAGCGAUGUGGAAUCAUUGCGAUGGGAUCCUCACAACCCCAACUGUUUCUAUGUCGCCACAGAAGACGGUAUGGUACAGUACUUUGACGUGCGAUCCUCGGGAGACAAUGGCGUCGGUGGCAAAGCACUCUUUACUCUUCAAGCCCACGAUUGUGCUGUCAGCGCCAUGGAUGUCAGCCCUAUCAUUCCUGGCUGUCUUACCACCGGUGGCACCGACAAACAAAUCAAAAUCUGGAAUACCGCCGAUAACCGACCCAGUAUGGUGACAAGCCGUAAUUUUGAAUUGGGUAAAAUUUUCUGUGCUCAAUUUUGUCCGGAUUCGCCUUUCCAAUUGUCGAUUGCCGGUUCCAAUGGCAAGUUGCAUGUGUGGGACAUGUCCUCCAAUGCUGGUGUGCGUCAGGCAUUCAAGGAUGUCAAGGCCUUUGCCACGGUCCAGGCAACAGAAGAGAAAAAACCCAUCACACUUGAAGAUGACGAUGAAGAAGAAAGUGAAGACGAACAAGAUGAACGUGCAGACCGUAUGGGCGUCGUUGAUGAAGACGACGAUGAGGAAAUGGAUGAUAAUUAGAUCCACCCUCAUCCAGUCUCGCUAGACGAUUAGAAAAUCAGCAGACGAUAGAAAAAAAAACAGCCAUUCCUUGUUUCAUUUCAUUUUCAUUUCAAACUCUACAAUUAUAUUCUCAUGCCUUCUUUUUACUUUUUCUUUUUCAACACAAAUAACAAUGCAAUCCUUUUUUGGUUCACUCUAUGAAUAAAUUUGGGCGGACUUGUACAAGUAUGCUUAUGAACG